CGGAUCCACCGGGAAGGGCCAACCACCCGGCAUGCCCGCGACGAGCGCCUACGGUGCCGCAGGCUGACGGAAACAAGCAUCCCGAGAUUUCUUUUUGUGCGCCGCGUCCGAUGACGGGAUCACUGACGGAUUAAGCCCGGCUGCAUUGCGUCACAGGCCCGAGGAGGAUGCGAGAAAACACGAGUCUUCGUCAGCCGGGCCAAUCUGGCGUCCUGGUCCGGCGACCAGCUCCAUCGGUCGUAGUGAAAGGCAGCGACAGCCAUGCGCUUCGGCAAGGGUCGGCUGUUUGGCCGGAGAACCUCCGCUCCCGGCACUCCGGUCGCUGCGAGGAGGCACGCUAGAAUUGCUGCAAAGGCCAACGCGCAGAACUCGAGGAUUCCACAACCGAAGCUGGUUCAUUUUCCCGGCAAGAUGGAGGUGAGGACGGCUCCCGCGACUCCAAUCAGCAGUCCCACAGUGCAUCCCGUCUCCGACUACCGUAGUCGCUUUAACAGUCCUUCGACGUCGGGUGGAGGACCUGCUAAUGCCCCCUCGACGCCUGCAGCGGGAAGUUAUCAGGGUUCUCACCAUUCCUCAUCGAACGGGAAUUCUUCAUCUGCUUCGACUGAAGCCCUGCCUACUAUAUCCCAGUCCGCAGCUACGCCAACGAGCGCGCUCUCACGUUCGCCCCAGAACGGAUUACAUUCCUCGACUGCAACAUUAAACGGUAGCGUUAACGGCCACAGCGUCGGAAGUCACUCCCCGGUCGAUGCAACGAACGGCCCCACACCUUUGCACGUCAACGGGAAUGGUGGUGAUGCUGCCCAGCGACAGGCUUCGAUCACCAUCCUAAGUUCCAAGGGCACCGAGAGCCUGAAGGAGAUGGUGCAGUGCCCCAUCUGUCUGGACCGCCUCCACCGACCCAAGAUGCUUCCCUGCCAGCACACCUUCUGCUUCCUCUGCCUGCAGAACAGCGUGAUGUCCGCGGACGCCAGCCGAUUGCGUUGCGCCAAGUGCCGAACCGAGGUUCUCCUCCCUAAGGAAGGUAUCUCGGGGUUCCCGUCCAGCAUUCACCUUCAGAACAUCCUGGACUUGCUCGAGUCUGACUACGCAUCGAUGGACGAGCUACUCCAGUGCUGCGGCUGCCAAACCGUGAGCGGCAACAGCGUGUUCUGCGAGCACUGUAAACUCUCGUACUGCUCGCUCUGCAUGGCCAGGCACGUGGAGGAGUUGGCUAAGCAGCUGGGACACAUUGCCGACCAGCUGGACGCUACCGUCGACAAGAUUACGCUGAGAUACAAGAAGUUUGAGUCUAGCCAAAGCGACAUCCAGUCCAAGGUUCGCUUGGAGGCCGAGAAGCGCGUCCGUAAGAUCCGGGAUCUGGAGGCGCAGCUGAUGCUUCGCGUGGAGACCGCCAAGGCUGCCGAAGAGACGGGCCUUCACGACGUGGUGCAGAAGGUGCGGGCAGCCGCCACUGGUGCGCGCUUGUUCUCGUCCAAAGGUAUUGACGCGGCACAAGACCCCAACGAAAAGAUUCGGGCCUUCAUGAAACUGCACCAAGACGCCGGGGACGCGCUCUCCGAAGUCACGACCGUUGGCAACACGCAACUGAGCUUCGACCCGGAGGCGUUCAGCGUGACGAUUGUGUGCCGGACGGACGCCGCGGAAGAUGAAGCGGAGCCACCGGGCUCUCCUAGCGGUGGCCCGGAGACGACGCCGAACUCCACGUCCUCGCCAGCGAUAGCGCUGAGCACGCCCAGUCAGCCUGCAAGCGAGCCGAACCAAAGCAAGGUGGAACAACAGAGGGUAGCCGCGGACGCCCAGUCUCGCCUCUACAGGUCCAAGUCGUUCCUGACCCGCAUGCGGCUGGGCAGUGGUCUGGUGCAGCGGCCGUCUGGCGUGGCCGUGUCCCCGUGGUCGUCGGAGAUCUUCGUGGUGUCCAUGGACAACCACAAGGUGUUCACGUUCGACUCGACGAACGGUCGAUUCCUGCGGUCUUUCGGAAGCCGGGGCCAGCAGGAGGGCGAAUUCCUGUGCCCGUUCGGCAUCGCCCUAUCGCCGAUCGAUCAAGAGAUCCUCAUCACGGACAAGUGGAAGCACUGCAUUCACGUGUUUGACCGGGACGGCAACUUCCUGCGCCAGAUUGGCAUGAAGGGCCGCUCGGCGGGUCACUUCCGCAGCCCCGAGUCUAUAUGCGUGGACAACGCCGGGCGAAUCUACGUGUGCGACACGUGUAACCACAGGAUUCAGGUUCUGGACCACGACGGCAUCUUCCUGCGCGAGAUCGGCACCCACGCCCAGCCCGAGAAUGCAUUCAACCGGUCCCGCAGCAUGUUCCAGGAGCCAACGGGCGUCGCGGUCAGCGCCGACGGACAGCGCGUCGUGGUGUGCGACUUCGGCAGCCACAGGGUGCACGUCUUCUCGAGCGACGGGGAACACCUGCACACCUUCGGCCAGAAGGGCGCGCUGAAGGGCCACUUCAUGCACCCCGAGUGCGUUGCGGUAGAUGGCCGAGGCUUCAUCCUAGUCGGGGACAGCGGCAACGGCCGGGUGCAGAUCUGCCGUCCGGACGGACGCCACGUGCGCACGUUCGGCAACAAGGGCUCCAGCAGUGGACAGUUCAGCUGGAUCUCUGGCAUCGCCAUCACAGCGCAGAACGAAGUGGUCGUGUGCGACUUCAAGAACCACUCGGUGCAGGUCUUCUGAACGCAUGUCGCCCCAGAAUGGUCGCUUGUUCGUGAAUCUCUUCUUGUGUUCCUGAU